CACCUCCGGAAAAAUAAGGAUUGGUAAUUAGCAAGGCUGCCCAUAUCCGGGCAAGGAAACCACAGUCUCCGGGUUUCUCCAAUUAACGACUCCCAUUAGGCCAUUACCCAAUACCCAUAUCAAUUACCAGUUGUGGAAGGAAGAAACAACUGCAAAAGGGUCAAUAGACCCAAAUCCCAAUUCCAACAAUGGCAAUCUUAUUAUCAGCUUCCUCUCUUCCUUCACUUCAAAACACAAAGCUCUGCAAUUCCAGAGAUAUUUCGGCUGAACGUAACAUAAUCUCAACAUAUCCAUUUCUCACAGGGUUCAACAGAAAAAACAACAAAGAAACCUCAAUUGUAUGUUUAUCAGUAAAGGGUCAUACAAAAGCUAAAAACUUUGAGGUUAUUAAUGGAAAUAAUUCAAGAAAGAAUGGUGUGAAGGUUGUGUUAAGUGAGGGGAGAGAUGAGGAUGAGAAUUUGGGGCAUGUUUGUCCAGGUUGUGGGGUUUAUAUGCAAGAUAAAGACCCAAAUCAUCCUGGGUUUUAUAAGAAGAGGAAGGUGGAGGUUGAUGAUGAGGGAAUUGAGGGUUUUUUUGAUGAAGAAGAAGAGGGUUUUGUGGAUGAAAUCGAGGGUAGUUUGGGAAUGAGUGAUGGAGAGAAAGGAGAUGUGGGUGUGGAGGAUGAAAUUGAGGGUAGUUUGGGAAUUAGUGAUGGAGAGGAAAGUGAUGUGGGUAUGGAGGAUUGGGAUAGUGAUGAAUGGGAGGAGGACGACUUGGCGGCUUUGGAUGGGUUCUAUCCAGUUGGUGUUGGAUAUGGUAAUGUAACCGAGGAGGUAUUGAAGGAGAAGGAGAAUAAGAAGAAGAGAUUGUCGAAAGCGGAGAGGAAGAGGUUGGCUAGGGAAGCUCAGAAAGAGAGGGAUGUAGUUACAGUUUGUGCUAGGUGUCAUUCUUUGAGGAAUUAUGGGCAUGUGAAAAAUCAAACAGCAGAGAAUUUGAUACCUGAUUUCGACUUUGAUAGAUUGAUUAGUACCCGUUUGAUGAAACCCUCGACAGCAGAUUCUACGGUGGUUGUCAUGGUUGUUGAUUGUGUUGAUUUUGAUGGGUCAUUUCCAAAACGCGCUGCACGGUCUUUGUUCAAGGCUUUGGAGGGAAAGCAUGAUGCUAAGUUUAGCAAAAAGUUACCUAAACUUGUCUUGGUUGCCACAAAGGUUGAUCUCCUUCCAUCUGAAAUUUCACCUACUAGGUUAGAUAGAUGGGUUCGUCAUCGUGCAAGGGCUGCAGGAGCUCCAAAGCUUAAUGCCGUGUAUUUGGUUAGUUCUAGAAAGGAUUUGGGGGUGAGGAAUUUGCUAGCCUCCAUCAAGGAGUCGGCUGGCCCUCGAGGGCAUGUUUGGGUAAUUGGGGCUCAAAAUGCUGGUAAAUCUACCCUGAUUAACACAUUUGCAAAGAAAGAAGGAGCUAAAGUUACAAAACUUACUGAAGCAGCAGUUCCUGGGACAACGCUUGGUAUACUAAGAGUUGGAGGAGUUUUGUCUGGCAAGGCCAAGAUGUACGACACUCCUGGGCUCUUGCAUCCAUACCUGAUGUCCUUGAGAUUAACUAGAGAAGAACAGAAAAUGAUCGAGAUACGAAAAGAACUGAGACCUCGGAGUUAUAGAAUUAAGGCAAGGCAAACAAUACAUGUUGGUGGUUUAGUGAGACUGGACCUUGUCCAGGCAUCGGUCCAGACAAUUUAUGUGACAGUCUGGGCAUCACCAAAUGUGUCUCUUCAUUUAGGAAAGAGUGAAAAUGCUGAUGAAACCUGGAUAAAGCAUGCUGGUAUCAGAUUACAACCUCCAAUUGGCACUGAUCGACUCUCAGAAAUGGGGAGUUGGACAGAGAGAGAAUUUAAAGUGACUGGAACAAGCUGGGAUGUAAAUAGUUCUGACAUUGCAGUAGCUGGAUUAGGCUGGCUUUCUUUGGGUCUGAAAGGCGACGCAACCCUAAAGCUACGGACAUAUGAUUCUGUUGAAGUUGUCUUACGUGAACCUUUAGCUCUUGACCGUGCUCCUUAUCUUGAGCGACCUGGGUUUUGGUUACCCCAAGCUAUAUCUGAUGCUCUUGGCAACCAAAGUAAACUAGAAGAUCAGAAAAGGCAGCGGCUUGAAGAAGAGAGUGAAUAUGUGACUGCAUGACUAGCAUAUAUGUAUCUUUGUUUAUUUUUUGAAGGCAACGCAAGCUCAACAGGUUUCUGAAUGUUGUUAAUGCAUUUACUAGAUAGUAGAUAACCUGCUGUAUCUCUCAGUUGAGCAUCGAGAUUUUGUUGGUUCGAGCUGCAUAUAUCAGUGUGAGUUUUUUGUUGUUGUUGUAAUUGAGGAUCAUUUUGGCUUAAUGCUAUAGUUUGGCAUUAGUCAUAUCGAGUAAUUGUAAAUGCUGUUCGACUGUUGAGACAUAUUAACUUUUAUA